UGCGACGCGGUGAUUGGCGGAGACCUUGUGUGUGGCGCUGAGAGAGCGAGAGCGAGGCUGCAGCGGAGCGAGCUCCGAUAUAGGCACAGUCGGCGCCGGUCCACCCGCCUAGAGACUCCGGUACCCCUCAACCUCGCAGAGAGAUCAGCAUGGAUAAAAACGAGCUGGUGCAGAAGGCCAAACUGGCCGAGCAGGCUGAGAGAUAUGAUGAUAUGGCAGCCUGCAUGAAGUCUGUGACUGAGCAAGGAGCAGAAUUAUCCAAUGAGGAGAGGAAUCUUCUCUCUGUCGCUUACAAAAAUGUUGUAGGAGCAAGAAGGUCAUCUUGGAGAGUUGUCUCAAGUAUUGAACAAAAGACAGAAGGUGCCGAGAAAAAGCAGCAAAUGGCUCGCGAAUACAGAGAGAAAAUUGAGACUGAACUAAGAGACAUCUGUAAUGAUGUGUUGUCUCUGUUGGAAAAGUUUUUGAUUCCUAAUGCUUCCCAAGCAGAAAGCAAAGUUUUCUAUUUGAAAAUGAAAGGGGACUACUACCGUUACUUGGCUGAGGUUGCUGCUGGUGAUGACAAGAAAGGGAUAGUGGAGCAGUCACAACAAGCAUACCAAGAAGCUUUUGAAAUCAGCAAAAAAGAGAUGCAACCAACACAUCCUAUCAGAUUAGGACUGGCUUUAAAUUUCUCUGUGUUCUAUUAUGAGAUCCUGAACUCACCGGAGAAAGCUUGUUCCCUUGCGAAGACUGCUUUUGAUGAAGCCAUUGCUGAACUUGAUACGUUAAGUGAAGAGUCAUACAAAGACAGCACACUAAUAAUGCAGUUACUGAGAGACAAUUUGACAUUGUGGACAUCAGAUACCCAAGGAGAUGAAGCUGAAGCAGGAGAAGGAGGGGAGAAUUAACCAGCCUUCCAAUUUUUGUCUGCCUCAUUCUAAAAUUUACACAGUAGACCAUUUGUCAUCCAUGCUGUCCCACAAAUAGUUUUUGUUUACGAUUUAUGACAGGUUUAUGUUACUUCUAUUUGGAUUUCUAUAUUUCCCAUGUGGUUUAUGUUUAAUAUUAGGGGAAUAGAGCCAGUUAACAUUUGGGGAACUUUUGUUUCAUCCAAGGUGGCCAAUAUAGGGAUGUGGAAUUUUUAUAAAAGUUUUACAUGUUUGGCAUAGUAC